UCUACUCGUAACCACAGCGACUUCAUCUGGACCUGGAUGCGUGCUGGAGGAACCUGCUCACAAAUCUAAAAUACCCAGAGCGCGGGAAUAAGAUGACCACGUCUUGGGUUGACAUGUUUCAGCUGGGCGACCGAAGAGUUUGGUCGAUGUGACAUUGCUUGAGUUGUUUUUGUUCUGGUCCCGGACGCAGACCGGCGGUCGCGCGCUGAGAAGAUGUUGAGUCGGCUGAUGAGUGCCAGCGUCAGAAACCUGGAGAGAGAGUACUUGUGUACCGUCAGACUGCUGGAUGAUACCGAGUACACCUGCACCAUUCAGAGGGAUGCCAAAGGCCAGUAUCUGUUUGACCUUAUUUGCCACCAUCUAAACCUGCUGGAAAAGGACUAUUUUGGCAUCAGAUAUGUGGAUCCAGAUAAACAACGGCACUGGCUGGAGUUUACCAAAUCAAUUGCUAAGCAAAUGAAAUCCCAACCUCCAUUCACAAUGUGUCUACGGGUGAAGUUUUAUCCACCAGACCCUGCUGCUCUUAGGGAGGAGAUCACCAGGUAUCUUGUCUUCCUGCAGAUCAAGAGAGAUCUGUACCACGGUCGUCUCCUCUGUAAAACAUCUGAUGCAGCCAUGUUGGCGGCGUACAUCUUACAAGCUGAGAUUGGAGACUAUGACCCAGGGAAGCAUCCGGAAGGUUACAGCUCCAAGUUCCAGUUCUUCCCAAAGCACUCUGAGAAGCUGGAGAGAAGGAUUGCUGAGAUUCACAAAACUGAGUUAAUAGGUCAAACUCCAGAAACAGCUGAACUGAAGUUUCUGCAAAAAGCGCAAAUGCUUGAAACAUAUGGUGUGGAUCCUCAUCCGUGCAAGGAUGUGUCUGGGAAUCCGGCUUUUCUUGCCUUUACUCCGUUCGGUUUUGUCGUGCUUCAGGGGAACAAGAGAGUCCAUUUUCUUAAAUGGAAUGAGGUGACCAAACUGAAGUUUGAAGGAAAGACAUUUCAUGUAUAUGCAAAUCAGAAGGAGGACAAAAAGAUUAUUUUGACAUACUUCGCACCGACCCCAGAGGCCUGCAAGCACCUUUGGAAAUGCGGUGUGGAAAAUCAAGCCUUUUACAAGCUUGAAAAGUCAAGCCAGGUCCGUACGGUAUCCAGCAGCAACCUGUUCUUCAAGGGGAGUCGUUUCCGCUACAGCGGAAGAGUUGCCAAAGAGGUUAUGGAGCAGAGUGCAAAAAUCAAACGGGAACCUCCAGAAAUACACAGGGCCGGCAUGGUGCCCAGCAGAAGCUGUCCAUCCAUCACUCACGGGCCGCGGUUGAGCAGUGUACCCCGCACUCGCCGGAGAGCCGUGCACAUAUCCAUCAUGGAAGGUUUGGAAUCGCUGCGGGACAGUGCCCACUCCACUCCCGUGCGCUCUGUGUCUCACGGCGACUCCUUCAUGCCACGUUCUCGUAGCCAGAUGACGGACCCCAGCGAUAGGACCGCAAUCAUCUCAGAUGACACCUACAGUCCGUCCCACAGCGUCCUGCCCACACCGGUGGCGGAGCACAGCCUGGACCUGUCCGGCUCGCGCCAGAUCAACGGCGCCCCUUGCAGCAUAGAGGAGGAGAAAGAGUCUGAGGCGGGAACGCCCAGUGUGGGUGAUGUGGCCGAGUUUGGCGCGGACAGUAGGGCGACGGGCCCGACGCAGAGCACAGGUGGGGAGGCCGUGCUCAGCGAGGCGGAACAGGUGAAUAAGUUUGUUUUAAGUGUACUCCGUCUGCUCCUUGUGACCAUUGGACUCCUCUUUGUCUUGCUCCUCCUCCUCAUCAUCCUCACAGAGUCUGACCUUGAUAUUGCAUUUUUACGUGAUAUCCGUCAGACGCCGGAGUUCGAGCAGUUCCAUUAUGAAUACUUUUGUCCCCUCAGACGGUGGUUUGCCUGCAAGCUCCGCUGGGUGGGUGGGCUGCUCGUUAACAAGUGAAAGUGAGGCACUUAUGCUCGUAAAGCCGCCCUUGUUGGGGUGGAGACGACGCUAAACACGCGGAGAGACGGAGGGCACCAACCUGUCGCAUGAAUCCAGCUUUAUUCAUGAUACUACUGCGGGUGUGGAGCACCAGGCCAAACAUCUCCUGUUCUUCUCCACUUUAGGUUUAUUCUGCCAUGCCCUCCUCCUUUUUACUCCUUUGUCCGUUUUUUUUACAAAGACAGAAAUUUUUUUUGAAUUUCAGGUCAUUUAAGGUAUUUUAUUUUUACAAAAAAAUUAAAAACAAAACAUUAAAUUUAAUUGAACUGACUGAAUUAUAUGGUCCCUUAAAUAGGGAAUUGUUGCAUUUUAUUUAUUAAAAAUUAAAAAAUAAAAAUACAUAAAGGUUAAUAACAUUUAAAAGAAUGUGGUGCAUUAAGUUUGGCGUGUUGGCACAGUAUGGUAGGGUUGGAAAUGUGGUAAUCCAAAUGGUUUUCUGAGAGAUUAUGCAUAAUUCAUAUCUAUCAGUCAUUUAACUCAUAGAGAUUUUCUAAAGGCUGCUAUAAUUUACCACAAUGAUGAUCAGAUGCAGAUGGAUAUACGUCAUGUAAGAUUUGUGAGUAUUGAGGAAAGGCUGGAAAAAAUGUCAAAUAAAAUUUCUGAUUUCUGUAUUGGUGACUCGAUUUUUAGGGUGUCACACAUUUUAGGAUUAAAAUUGUGUUUAGGCGGUAGAAUUGUGAAGUAGAAAUUGUUUCUUCUAUUGGGUACCAAACGAUUGGUAUAAAGUGUUUUGUUAUGUGACCCACUAUAUUGUCAGUAUCUGUUAAAGCAUCUAGCACCCAUAGAUCCAGUCUAGCUAGAUGUGCAAUACUGUAAGGUUUGAUAUUUUAAAGAAUGCUGUAAGUACAUCAGUUUCUUAUUUUCCCUCAUAGAGGAUGUGCAUUUGCUUUAUUUUUGUCAUCCUGAGUCUUUCUAAAAAGAAAGAUGCCUCAUUGUAUAAAAGAAAUAUUUUUUUUAUUCCACAUCAGCCUUGUUUUUAAGUUCGUACUUUGUGGAUAUCAUGCUACAGUAUGAUUAUUCUAUAAUAACAAUAACAAUGCUGUACUUUUUGUACAAAAGUAGUUAGUUUCCUAAUAUAUCGACAGUUUUUCCAUGUAUAUUUUAACAGAAUUGAAAUGUUAUUUUGUUAUUGAAAAUUAAAUUAUACCUUUUUUA